GCAGCAUGACAGACAGGGAAGGAAAAGGAGAGGAAUGCAAGAGUUGACAAAGGGAGCCAUUUGUAAGCUUCGUAAGGAGAGAAAAAGGGAAUAGGAAAGAAAGAUUGUACUGAGCAUAGAGAGUGGCAGGACAUCUUGGAAGUACACCUCCCCCCAUUUCUUUGCAGAAAGGAACGAGGGAAUAAGAUCUCAGAGAUCUCUGCAGUCCACAGACAGGUCAGGUCUAAGCUUGGCCGGCCAUGGCUCUGUCCUCUGCCUUCCUGUCUGAAGACCAGUUCAGCUGCUCUAUCUGCCUGGAUGUCUUCACCAACCCGGUGUCCACACCCUGUGGCCACAGCUUCUGCCAGGCCUGCAUCUCUUCCUACUGGGAUGGAAAAGCAGGAGGAGGAGGCUCCAAGUCCUACAUGUGCCCCCUUUGCAAGGAGACCUUCCGCAAACGGCCGGAGCUCCACAUCAACCGAACCCUGAAGGAGAUCACCGAGCAGUUCAAGCAGAUGGCCACUACUGGAGCUGGGAUGGGAAGAAGGGAGGAGGAACCCAACCCUCAUCCUCACCGAUCUCAACGCCAGUCUCUAUCCUCCCCUCUCAGGCCAGGGGAGAUGCCAGAAAGCGUCUUUGCAGAGAUGAUGAACCGGUUUCAGCGACCAUCGACCACAGGAUCACCUCCCCCCGCCUACCCCCAAACCAAUGCCUCUCAGCCCCAAAGCUCUACCCAAGUCAAUGUCCACCCUCAGGCAUUCCACCAGGCUCAGACCCAUGAGCAUCAUGACCCGCCUCCACCCUACUCACCCCCUCGCAGGUACACCCUUAGUGGCCCGGGGGAUUCUUCCUCUGACCUCCCUCUGUGCCCCGCCCACAUGAGAGGCCUGGAGUUCUUCUGUCGAACCGACCAGACAUGUAUCUGUAGCGUCUGUCUAGAGAGAGCAGAGCACCGAGGCCACAACGCCAUCCCUGCCAAGAGAGAGUGGCACAUCAAGAAGUCCCAGUUGGGCAUUACAGAGGUGGAGCUAAAAGAUCUCAUCUCUGAGAGAGAGAGGAAAAUGGAGGAAAUACAGAAGUCCCUGCAGGACAUACAGGCUGCUGCAGAAAGAGAGACAGAAGGAAGCGUUUGUGUUUUUGCCAAGCUAGUCUCCAGUGUAGAGCACUGCCAAGCUGAAGUGCUGGAGGUUAUAGAGAUGGCCCGUCGAGCAGCGGAGCACAGAGCCAAGAGUCUGUUGAGAGAGCUGGAGCAAGAGAUAGCUGAGCUGAAAAAGAGGAGUACAACGCUGAACCAGCUAGCUCAGUCUGAAGACUACAUACUCUUCCUCAAGACAUUCCCUGCCCUUUCCAGUAUUCCACCAACCAAAGACUGGUCAGAUGCCCGUGUGGUGUCUGAGCUGACCUCAGGAGUGGUGCUCAAGACCGUUACACAAAUGAUGGAGCGUUUUCAGGAGGAGUUGCAUAAGUUGCCAGAAAUCUGCCAGCGAUCCCAACUAGAGCAAUCUGUGUCCAGACAGAGCCCAAAGGUGAGGCGAGUUCAAGAGUAUGCAGCUGACAUUACAUUAGACCCGCACACAGCUCACCCACGUCUCAUGAUCUCGGUGGACGGUAAGCAGGUUUGCUGCAGCGACCGGUAUCAGCCAGUACCUGACAACCCUGAGCGCUUUGACCGGGUGGUUUGUGUCCUUGCCCGUGAAGGUUUCAACUCAGGAAGGCAUUACUGGGAGGUGGAGGUUGGAGGAAAGACUGACUGGGACCUGGGAGUGGCAAGCCGCUCCAUCAAUCGAAAAGGCAAGAUCACCGUAAGCCCCGCCCACGGCUACUGGUUCCUCAGCCUGCGGGAUCAGGUCGACUACGCCUUCCGAACAGAACCCUCAACCAGCCUGGAAGUCCCAAUCAGACCGUCCCGUGUUGGGAUCUACGUUGACUGUGACAAAGGACUAUUAUCAUUCUACAAUGUAGAGGCCAAAGUGCUCAUCUACACAUUCACAGAUAGUUUUCCUGACACCAUCCAUCCAUUCUUCAGCCCCUGUACUAAUAAAUCUGGGAGGAAUGAAGCUCCGCUGAUCAUCUGCCCCGUUGCACCAACAGAAUGAGAUCCAGCCUACGACCAGAUCAUGAGAUAUUUGUCGGCUGAUUUUUUUAGGCUGAAGGGCAAUAUCUUCAAUAUCCUGAAAUAUGACCAUUUUCAUGGUUAAAAAAAUAAAGUAUUGAGUGUUUCCUCCUCCCAUAUUUUUUUCUUGUCAGCGUGGGAAAGCCUCUAAUUAGGAAGAAAGGAAGGAUAAGGUUUAUGUUUUAUGAUCCAGGUGUAAAUACUGGCAUGAUGCUACUACGGUCACUCAUUUUGCUUGUAUAGAUCACACAGAAUGGUGUUUGUCUUUCAUGCAAUUACUGCUAUAUAUAUAUUCAUCUUCUGAAACCUGUUUUGUUAAUCUAAGAAAUUAGUUUCUCUAGAUGAGCCUUAUCUUAAGUGUGGGUGAUUGUCUUUUUAAAGAAAUCAUCCAUUUUGAAAAAGAUGAGAAUAUUUCACUUCUCCCCCCAGCUGUUAUGUAGCACAGCUAACUGUUAACCUCCUGCCACUGAGGUGGACUUCCCCAGUUAGCAUUCUAAAAACAAACAAACAAA